AUGAGGUUCCUUCCUCACCUCUCAGCCCUCCUGGCUUCUCUGAUCCUGCUCCAGGCCGCAGAGUCUGCCACAAAAGCACCGACCACCAGAACUGCUGCCAUCUCGGAUGCUGUGAGUCAGGUCAAGGUCCAAGUCGACAAGGCCUUCCUGGAUUCAAGAACCAGGCUGAAGACCUCGAUGAGCUCUGAGAACCCCACCAGCCGAGAGCUCUCAGAGUACCUCAAGCACGCCAAAGGCCGGACACGCACAGCCAUCCGCAAUGGGCAGGUGUGGGAAGAUUCCCUAAAGAGACUGAGGCAAAAGGAAUCCUUGACCAACGUCACAGGGCCCAGCCUGGACCUGACCUCGUUGUCUUGGGAGGUGGGCUGUGAUGCCCCUGCUCCGGCGGUGAAAUGCGACUACAACAGCCCUUACCGCACCAUUUCAGGAGACUGUAACAACAGGAGGAGGCCCGCGCUGGGCGCCGCCAACAGGGCGCUGGCGCGGUGGCUGCCGGCCGAGUACGAGGACGGGCUCUCCCUGCCCUUCGGGUGGACUCCGGAGAAGACGCGGAACAGCUUCCCUGUCCCGCUGGCCCGAAAGGUAUCCAACGAGAUUGCCAACUACAUGGAUGAGAAGGGUGUCCUGGACCAAAACAGGUCCCUAUUCUUCAUGCAAUGGGGUCAAAUUGUGGACCACGACCUGGACUUUGCCCCUGACACCGAGCUGGGGAGUAGUGAGUUCUCCAAAGCCCAAUGCGAUGAGUAUUGUAUCCAGGGAGGCAACUGUUUCCCCAUCAUGUUCCCACCUGAUGACCCCAAGGUGAGGACUCAAGGGAAGUGCAUGCCAUUCUUCAGAGCCGGCUUUGUCUGUCCCACUCCGCCCUACCAAUCGCUGGCCAGAGAACAGAUCAAUGCUCUGACCUCCUUCCUGGAUGCCAGUCUCGUGUAUGGCGCCGAGCCAAGCCUGGCCAGCCGCCUCCGCAACCUCAGCAGCCCCCUGGGCCUCCUGGCUGUCAACCAGGAGUUCUCAGACCAUGGGAUGCCCUACCUGCCUUUUAUCAACAAGAAACCAAGCCCCUGCGAGUUCAUCAACGCCACUGCCCAGGUGCCCUGCUUCCUAGCAGGAGAUUCCCGAGCCUCAGAGCAGACCCUGCUGGCCACUUCCCACACCCUCUUUCUCCGCGAGCACAACCGGCUGGCUAGAGAGCUAAAGAGACUCAACCCUCAGUGGGAUGGAGAGAAACUCUACCAGGAAGCCCGGAAGAUCCUGGGAGCCUUCGUGCAGAUUAUCACCUUCAGGGAUUACCUACCCAUUGUGUUAGGUGAUGAGAUGCAGAAGUGGAUCCCUCCAUACCAAAGCUACGAUGAAUCUGUGGAUCCCCGAAUUUCCAAUGUCUUCACCUUUGCUUUCCGCUUUGGCCAUUUGGAAGUCCCCGCUACUGUGUACCGUCUAGAUGAGAAUUAUCAGCCUUGGGGUCCAGAACCAGAACUAGCUCUGCACACCCUUUUCUUCAACACCUGGAGGAUAGUCAAAGAUGGUGGACUUGAUCCUCUGGUGCGGGGCUUGCUGGCCAAAAAGGCCAAGUUGGUGAAACAGAAUAAAAUGAUGACAGGAGAGCUGCGCAACAAGCUUUUCCAGCCAACUCAUAAGAUCCAUGGCUUUGACCUGGCUGCCAUCAAUAUACAGCGUGGCCGGGACCAUGGGCAGCCUGGGUACAACUCUUGGAGACGCUUUUGUGGCCUCUCACAGCCACAGACACUGAAGGAGAUGACUGCUGUGCUAAAGAAUAAGGUGCUGGCCAAGAAGUUACUGGAUCUCUACAGGAGCCCUAACAACAUCGACAUCUGGAUAGGGGCCAGUGCUGAGCCCCUAGUGAAAAGGGGCCGGGUGGGGCCUCUCCUGGCCUGCCUCCUGGGCAGGCAGUUCCAGCAGAUCCGUGAUGGAGACAGGUUCUGGUGGGAAAACCCUGGAGUCUUCACGAAGAGGCAGCAGGACUCUCUACGGAAAAUGUCCCUCUCACGCCUUGUCUGUGACAACACCCAUAUCACCAAGGUCCCGCUGAAUGCAUUCCAGCCUAACAGCUACCCACAAGGCUUUGUGGACUGCUCAGCCAUUGACAAGCUGGACCUGUCACCCUGGGUCUCAGUGAAGAAUUAAGGGUCUGGAUUCCAAGACCUCCCACACUGGCUUUGGUCCAUGAUGCCAUUUCAAGCAACCCCAAUGACCCGGUCCUUUAGAACUCCACACCCCAGUCCCAGCCCUUCUUCCCAGCCAGGCCUCUCUACACCUGGCAGAUGAACAGCUCAGCCAGGCCCAAGAGAGGCUGGCUUAACCUUCCCAGCUCUCGCACUUGGCUCCCUCACUUCUAC